GCCCCCUAUGAUGGGUGAACUAGCACAGAGGUUUAUCUCAAGAUGCCGUUAGUGAAAAGAAACAUCGAUCCUAGGCACUUGUGCCACACAGCACUGCCUAAAGGCACUAAGAAUGAACUGGAAUGUGUAACCAAUAUUUCUUUGGCAAAUAUAAUUAGACAGCUAAGUAGCCUAAGUAAAUAUGCUGAAGAUAUAUUUGGAGAAUCAUUCAAUGAAGCACAUAGUUUUUCCUUCAGAGUUAACUCACUGCAAGAAGAAGAAGAAUUGUCUUUGCAGGACAUAACAAUGAGAAAAGCCUUCCGAAGUUCUACAAUUCAAGAUCAGCAGCUUUUCGACUGCAAGACUUUGCCUAUUCCAUUUCAAGAGACAUAAGAUGUUUGUGAACAACCUCCACCUCUCAACAUACUUACUCCUUAUAGAGAUGAUGGUAAAGAAGGUUUGAAGUUUCAUACCAAUCCUUCAUAUUUCUUUGAUCUGUGGAAAGAAAAAAUGUUGCAAGAUACAGAGGACAAGAGGAAGGAAAAGAGGAAACAGAAGCAGAAAAAUCUAGAUCGUCCUCAUGAACCAGAAAAAGUGCCAAGAGCACCUCAUGACAGGAGGAGAGAAUGGCAGAAGCUGGCCCAAGGUCCAGAGCUGGCUGAAGAUGAUGCUAAUCUCUUAUAUAAGCAUACUGAAGUUACUAAUGGCCCGGCCUCUCGUUUUGAAACAAGACCUCAGACUUACGUGGAUCAUAUGGAUGGAUCUUAUUCACUUUCUGCCUUGCCAUUUAGUCAGAUAAGUGAGCUUCUGACUAGAGCUGAGGAAAGGGUCUUAGUCAGACCACAUGAACCACCUCCGCCUCCACCCAUGCAUGGAACAGGAGAUGCAAAACCCAUACCCACCUGUAUCAGUUCUGCUACAGGUUUGAUAGAAAAUCACCCUCAGUCACCAGCCACAGGCAGAACACCUGUGUUUGUGAGCCCCACUCCCCCACCUCCUCCACCUCCUCUUCCAUCUGUCUUGUCAACUUCUUCAUUAAGAGCUUCAAUGACUUCCACUCCUCCCCCAGUACCUCUCCCACUUCCACCUCCAACCACUGCUUUGCAAGCUCCAGUUGUACCACCACCUCCAGCUCCUCUUCAGAUUGCGCCUGGAAUUCUUCACCCAGCUCCUCCUCCAUUUGCACCUCCUCUAGUACAACCCUCUCCACCAGUAGCUAGAGCUGCCCUAGUAUGUGAAACUGUACCAGUUCAUCCACUCCCACAAGGUGAAGUCCAGGGGCUGCCUCCACCCCCACCACCGCCUCCUCUGCCUCCACCUGGCAUUCGACCAUCAUCAGCUGUCACAGUUGCAGCUCUUGCUCAUCCUCCCUCUGGGCUACAUCCAACACCAUCUACUGCCCCAGGUCCCCAUGUUCCAUUAAUGCCUCCAUCUCCUCCAUCACAACUUAUACCUGCUUCUGAACCAAAGUGUCAUCCAUCAACCCUACCGGAAGCAAUACGAAAAGGUAUUCAACUACACAAAGUAGAAGAGCAGUGUGAACAGGAAGCUAAACAUGAACACAUUGAAAAUGAUGUUGCCACCAUCCUGUCUCGCCGUAUUGCUGUGGAAUAUAGUGAUUCAGAAGAUGAUUCAGAAUUUGAUGAAGUAGAUCGGUUGGAAUAAGAAAAAUGCAUUGAUAAAUAUUACAAAACUGAAUGCAAAUGUCCUUUGUGGUGCUUGUUCUUUGAAAAUGUUUGGUCAUUCUAGUGUUUUGCUUUCUAUUCCUUAUAAUAAAUAAUCCUUUUCCUCCAUAAU